GGUUUCUUCUCCUGUUUACAAAAUGGCGACGAUGUCUUCUUAUUCCUGUCCACAGCAUUGAACAUGGAACUCGACAAAUUCAACUUGAUAAGUUUUAAACAGCGSUGAAACUAAGACCAYUAGACUGCCCYCUGAUYAGCCAUGGCAGAUAUUUUUAGAUCAGCAUUUAGUUACAUAAGUCAGACAGCCAAAGUGGACAAUGAUUUUGUCGGKCAGUACGUGGAACUAGGUCCGGUCCAAUUGAAGGUCAAAAAAGUACUUGCAGAAGGUGGAUAUGGCUUUGUUUUUGUGGCUCAAGAUGAAAAAACCGGCAAGGAAUAUGCUCUGAAGAGAUUGAUGGCUGGAGACGAUGCGGGUAAUAAAAGCAUUAUUGGAGAAAUAAAUACGAUUAAAAAGAUUCGUGGACAUCCAAACAUUGUCCAGUUCUAUUCAGCAGCAUCACUUAGCGAGAAAGAAUCUGGACAUGGUAUGACGGAGUAUUUAAUCCUCACAGAACUGUGCACAGGAGGAGAACUAAUCAAAGUAUUGACUGAACGGAAUGGCAAGCCCUUUCCUCCCUUGCAGUUGCUUAAAAUAUUUUAUCAAUUAUGCCGAGCUGUUGCUCAUCUACACAAACAAGAUCCACCGAUAAUUCACAGAGACUUGAAGAUUGAAAAUAUGUUAAUAGGCACAAAAGGGCUUGUGAAGUUGUGUGAUUUUGGAAGUGCAACAACAAAGUCUCUGUACCCUGACGAAUCCUGGACAGCGCUACAGAGGAGCCUUGCAGAGGAUGAGAUAUGAUGCUUAAAGUUCACCAAGAAGAAAGGCCAGACAUUAAGACUGUGUUAACUGAACUGGAAUCUCUGGCAACCAAAUGGAAUGUAGACCUCAAAGGACCUGUUGUUGAUGGAAAGAUGGGACUCUCAAGCUCAGCAGUGAGUGAUGGAACCUUGACUUCUCCUGUCAACCAAGGAUCCGGAAGCUCUGUAUUACUGGGUGGCGUUAUGAAGGGUGCCAAUAGCUUGUUUACCAAUAUCAAAGGCAUCUCAAGCAAGGCUAUUCAGUCUGUUGCAGGCUAUGUGAAGAGUGACUUUGAUAUGUCUUACAUCACAUCAAGAAUCAUUGUCAUGUCUUUUCCUGCUGAAGGAAUUGAGUCAACGUACAAAAAUAACAUCGACGAUGUACGAGAAUUCCUAGAAGCSAAGUAUCCAGAGAAAUACUUUGUUAUCAACAUUUCUCCAAGAAGUUAUCGAAUUGAAAAGCUUAGUACCAGAGUGUUACACUCGUGUUGGCCYACAAACAGACUGCCACCUCUUGAGAGUAUAAUAUCUUUAUCAAGGAAGAUCAACGCAUGGUUGAAGAAGGACAUUANUUGUCAGGUACACAAACAAGGAACACCUAACAUUUUCCACCAUUGUCUUGAUGGCCGAGUAUCGUCAGGUGUUAUGGUUGCAGCUUUCUUCGUGUUCUGUAAACUGUUCAAAAAUCCCAACGUUGCUGCAGAUAUGUUUAGUAUACGACGAUGUGGAAUAGGCCACAAAGUUUCUCUAACACCUUCCCAAGAAAGGUAUCUUUUGUACAUAACACAGCUCAUCAACAAUCCCAGUAUAAGACCGCAAAUGUCUGCACUAUACAUCAAGUCAGUCACUAUGAACCCAGUACCUGCCUUUAACAGAUCGAGAAAUGGAUGUAGACCGUUCAUAGAAGUUUAUCAAGGUGAAAAACGGACGCUCACUACUGUGCAAGAAAUUGAAAAAAUGAGGCAAUUUACGCUUAGYGAUGGCAAAGUGACUUUCCCGGUAAACUUGACAUUAAUCGGUGACGUCACGAUCAUCGUGUAUCAUGGAAGAUCGACUCUUGGCGGGAAAGUCCAGGGCAAGAUGGCGUCUAUYAGAGUAUUCCAAGUACAGUUUCACACUGGAUUCAUCAAUCCUAAUGCAACAAAGCUYAAAUAUUCCAGGGCUGAAUUAGAUGUAUCGAAAGAAAGCGAARCGAAAUUCCCCAAUCGAUUUUGUGUCACUCUUGACGUCAGUAUCGACACGGACCGCGUUAGUAGCACAACUCACACGUGGGAUACCUUGAACCCAGAGAGACUGGGCCCUAACGUGUGUUUCUCGUCCAAGGAAGAGUUUUUGGAAUGUCAAGAAGAGUUCGUWAAUGCCGAUGAUCGCGAGUCUUCUAUGACAUUUCACGCCGUUCACGAAAAUCGKCCGAGCUCACCCGAAGUAGACACGAGUCCCGAUCGGCCAACUUCGGUUCCCCGCGUCGAUAGUUCUGCAUCUGAAGAGUCGAGAGACGAACAUAGCGACGACGAAUUCGCGAAAGAAUUUUUCAACUUACGGUCGUCUAAAGGAUCAACAGAAGUAGCUCAAGAGGCACUYGAAGGGGAUUACUUCACGAGCAAGGAGACGAAYGGGCUCGACAGCGGAAGCUUUGCCACUUUUGCUGACUUUAAUAGYCUGCAACACAAUCCACAAGCUGAUUUACUAGACAUAGGUCCACAUAAUCAAGACACAAAGGACCGUACGCACAGUAUCACGGAAACAUUAGACUUACUUAACCUCGGAGUGGCUCAUAGRCACGAGCCUCGKUCACCCAAGUCAGCGGUUGAUAGCGGUAUAGAUCUUCUAAAGCUAUCUACAAGUCCCAAACAAAGCCAACACGUUGAUCUUGUGGGUGGGCUUGAGAAACACAAGCGAAAUCGAAGUGCAGAUGACCUGCUCAAGUCGCCAACCCAUGAAGACGAUGAUUUUUUCAAACAGCUCGGAAGCAGGAGCUCUGGGUCGAGUUUAGAAAACUUAGUAUCCCCAGAGGGWAGUACUUCGCCRAGUUUUGACCCAUUUGGUUUAAAACURAGCCCGCAGGCACCUCAUYCAGCGGAUAGUCAAAAUAGUUUUGAUCCGUUUGAGAAGAAACAGAAGGAAAAGUCCUCAGGGGGUGGUGGAAAGGRUAUGUUUGAUCCCUUUGAUAAGAAUGAGACGUCGCUGUCWCCGGAAGCUACUAGUAAGGAUAUGUUUGAUCCAUUUGGAGCAAUGGCUUCGUUAUCUCAAAAACCCAAUUCCUUUGAGACUAAGAGGGCCAAAUCACCCAUCCUUUCUGGCACAGGGAUCCCGGUCAACAGUACAAAUAACCGCAGCUCGCCAGUACCUAAUGUAUUUACGUCACAGGYAGCCAAUCAAAACGUUCCAGAUCUGUUUGGAGGAACCGAUAGCAAGGGAACUCAAGCCAAAAAGAAUCAGUUUUCAAUGGGCGAUGAUAUAUUCUCAGUAGGGGGCUUUGAAUCCAAGCCUUCAAAUCAACCGAGGCCUGACUUGCUAGGAGACUGGGGAGAUGCGUUCAAAUCGGACGUACAACUGAAUCCUGUCCCAUCCCCCCUCGCCACUCCUCCAACUACMCGAAAGUCUGAAAAGGCCAAYWCCACCCCGAAYGAUCCUUUCGCUGAUUUUGGAAACAUCAUGGGUCAGAGUAGUGCAUCGACUGCGUUUCCUAGYAACCAGAAGUUCCCUAGCAACCAGAAUGUCUCGUCACCGARUCAACAGCGUAAACCAUUUGGUGGUCAGACGUGGCAAACGAAAGCACAAGCGAAACCAAGUCGCGARUCKCCUAAGAAACCACAACAGAAUUUCACUCAAUCCAAAGCCAAGCCGAACUAUACACCUUCAUAUUCAGCAGCGUCCGGGGGGUCUAGUGUAUUUGGUGAAUAUGGACUGAGGACAUCCCAUAUGCCCAAACGAGUUGGAAAAGACGAGUUUAGUGACUUCCUUAAUGUUCAUGGCUUUAAGACGACAGAYAAAGACAAGGGACCAGAAAAACUAUCAGAUCUUAGAAAAGAAAUGAAUAAACCAGAAGACCCUAUACAAGCCAAGGUACGCGAAUGGGCCGAMGGGAAACAGAGUAACAUACGUGCGUUGUUGUGCUCGCUUCAUUUGGUAUUAUGGGAAGGUGAAGGAAGAUGGGAACAAAUUGGAAUGCAUCAACUCGUACAACCUGAACAGGUAAAGAAGAUGUAUAGAAAAGCAGUGUUGUCUGUCCAUCCAGAUAAGCUCACCGGCCAACCCCACGAGGAACUUGCAAGAGCAAUAUUCGUUGAAUUGAAUGAAGCUUGGGCUGCAUUUGAAGAAAGUGGUUCCAAAGCCCUUUAUUAGGUCAUAAAUCGUUGCAGUCGUAUUCAAUAUGAAUAUGAACAAGAAUCUGCGCAAUUCCUGUAUAGAACAGACAAUGUGGUUUGUCAGUUGUAGUGAAAAUCUGACAGGCAUGGCUACGAUUACCGACYCCAGUACAACCACAAAUCGUAGUGAUUUAAGGUCAAACAAAAUCGAAUGUCGAACGAAGUUGAAUGUCGAAUGAAAUCGGAUGUCGAAAUAAGUGAAAUCGGACAAAAUCGAAUGGUCACCUUAUAUACAUUGAUCUUGAAUUUCUACCAUAUUUAAAUUUUAGAUUGUAUGAAAUGGUUGUGGAAUAUUUGAUUGGAAAGCGUACGGGAUAUUUUUCAAUUUGUGCUUUCCUUUCAGUUGUAAAAGUCUCGAGUAGAUCACCAUCAAAAACUCGUCUAAAAUAUUGUCAGUUGACCUUAGUACAAUUUCUCAUUUGCAAACCAUUUAUUGUUUACUUGGGGGUUAAUCGUCGUUUUAAUAACUCAAGUAUAUUAUAAUGACAAUUUUCCCUUGCACGCUCACSAAUCWCAAAAUUAGUUUUCGGAUAUAUGGUCUUCCUUUGUUAGAAUAGCACGAGGGGGACUAAGUAGAGUGAUCAUCUGUCAACACAGGGAUCCCGAUUUAUCAUUACUUAUGUAAUAUAUUGAAUUUACACGUACAUUUCAAAUCUCAAUCAAAAUUUUACCUACGUCAAUAGCAAAGUAUCAACGAACAAUUAAUGUGGGAUGAAUUAAAACAAUUGUUAGUUAUAAA